AUGGGGCGCAAGGGCCCGAAGCAUCGGGCUGGGGCGCCGGCCGCAGCGCAGCAACACGACGCGGCAAACGCGGGCAGUCGGAAGCUCAAGGUUGCCGACCGCGUGACGAAGAAGAAAGCGCGCAGGGGCGCACGGGAGGGGAAGCGCGCGGGCGCAGCGGAGCCCGGGCGGCCGCACGAGGCCGGACGCGCGCAGGCCACGACAGGCCUAAAUGAGACGCACCCGGGCACUCACACGAGCACGGCUCUCCCGGGCAGGAACGCCCCCCUAAGCAGCAACUGGGAGGCCAUCCGCGCUGUCGCCGCCGCGCCAAGGAAGCCCCGGAAGCGCCGUUCGUCCACGGCCGCCCCCCCGCACAAGAAGGCCCCCGGGGCGCUGUCCGCGGAGGCCGUCCUGACCGACACGGUCGCGAUCGACUGCGAGAUGGUCGGCAUCGCGGGCAACCAGUCGGUGCUGGCGCGCGCGACCGUCGUGAACGACCAGGGCGCCGUCCUUUUCGACUCCUUCUGCCGCCCGCGCGAACGCAUCUUCAACUUCCGCACCAAGGUGUCCGGGAUCCGCCCGUCGGACCUGCAGGACGCGCCGCCCUUCGAGCACGUGCAGGCCAAGGUGUUCGAGCUGAUCAAGGGGCGGACGCUGGUCGGGCACGCGGUCGCGAACGACCUGCACGCGCUGAAGCUGACACACCCCCGGGAGCUGCUGCGCGACACGGCGCACUACCCGCCGCUCAUGGUGCGGCCAGAGGGAGGGGGCAAGCUGCGCCCGCGCUCGCUCCGCGCGCUGGCGAAGGAGUUCUUGGGGCUGGACAUUCAGGCGGGCGAGCACUCCCCUGUGGACGAUGCGCGGUGUGCGCUGUACCUGUACCACAAGCACAAGCGCAGGUGGGAGGAGGACGUCGCAGCGCGGAAAGUGCCGCUCCCGGCCGUCACCAAGGAGAAGAAGGCGAAGAAGAAGAAACCCGCGCCCGCGCCGACGCCCGGGAGGUUGAAACGACGUGCGGAGAAGGUUGCCAAAGCAGCUGCCGCGGCCGCCCGUGCCUUGCCCGACCGGCCGGAACUGCACGACUUGUGA